UUUGUUUCAACCGCAGUUUUGGUGUUUUCGCACCCGCUCGUUUACGUUUUUGCGGUUUCUGGCCGAAUACCGUUUUGCAGAAGCCUUUCUCGCUUCUUGUUAAGCCUGAAUCAGCAUAUUUCGGCAACAGGAAACAGUGAGCAUUUUUAACCAUCCGUCAUUCUUCUAGGGUCGUCUUGUGUUAACUACCGAUUAUGCGCAAAGGACUUUAAUGCAUUAAUGUCGGGGACUCGUUAAAAUUAAAGUCUAUGUGGCUUAAAUACUGUUCAAUAACAAAAAGUUACGUGACUGAAGUCACGCGCACGAGUCGCCGCUUUGGAACGCUUCUAUUGUAACCGGGUACAUUACCGCCGAUGGGGCGCUGGCUGGGUGAUUUAUAAGCUGCACUCUGUACUGCCAACAGCUAGUCAGCGUUACUGAGUGAAAGAAGUUGGGGUGGUUAGGACUCUUCUAUAAAACUCAGUUACUUAUGAAUCAUCAAAGUGACAAACAAGCGUUGGUUUAAACAAAACAAAAACGCUGAAACAGUUGUAUUAAAUUAAAAGUAAAUAGCUAAGGAUAAUAGUUGAACAUCAAUUAAUUCAGAUACAAUUUGGAGACUUCAUGGUUUAAAUUUUAUUAGUGAAAAAUCUAUAGUGUUAUUUUAAUACCAGAAACAAGUGUAAUUACGAAUUGUGUAAAAAUGACUACGACAUGGAGCUCCAUCAUUUUAACUUACCUGAAUGUACUCGGACUCCUAUGUGCAAUUCUAGUGGUAACGAUUGACCACGCACACGGCCAAAGGUCAACCAUCUGGUCUGAGGGCGACAUCCGGCUGGUCGGCGGCCACAGCCGACACGAGGGUACCGUGCUCAUUUACCACUGGUCCCGCUGGGGCGCCGUCUGUGACGACAACUGGGACAUCCGGGACGCCAAUGUCGUCUGCAAUGAGCUCGGAUAUGCGGGCGCGGCGGAAGCACCGAGACAGUCGCGCUUCGGGAAAGGCAGACGUCGUGUCUGGCUGUCCGGACUGCAAUGUCGCGGUAACGAGCGCCAUCUGACGAUGUGCUACUCGUUUGGCUGGGGGCGCUACAACGCGACCAAAUGUACCAACUACUUCUCCUCCGCCGGGGUCGUGUGUAACGAGAAACGAUUGUCGUCGUCGUCAGCUGAAGAACCUGAACUCAUGACCGAUGAUACGCAACGUGAGUCGAUAAUAACAACGGAAGUGCCGGUCACUAGUAGACGGACAACAUGGGCGACAACGGAAAGACCGUACUCUCACACCACUACAGCAACGCCGUCACCAGCUUCUAGUGCUUUAACAACAGAAGCAACGACAACUGCAAUCACUACAACAGCAACAACAACAACUCCUAAACAAACAGCAACAACAACUCCUCCUCAACCUACAACAACGACAACAACUCCUAAACCGACAACAACAACAACCGCCACUUCUUCUUCCACCUCAACACCCGCAACGACCAAGCCUCCUGCGCCGUCGCUCACUUCUCCGCCAGCGUAUAACCAGUGGAUAUUCAACCGAGAGAUGUGGAGAUACUACUUCUAUCGUUCAGAUGGAUCCUUCAUCACCUCUCGGCCAGACCCACGGUACUUUCAACAGAGCUCAAGCACCACCAAAUUAACCACAACGACUACAACCACUACAUCUAGACCCACUCGGCGUUCUGAGGAAAACAGUAUCUAUCGUAACUACAACAACCCCGUUUACAACACCCUAGGCGGAGACAACCCGAACGCCAUUGACCGCAUGGCGCCCCAGGAAAUUCGUCGACACGAGUCUUCACACAGCCACAACCACAUGAGUAUGAAGGAAGGCUACGUUCAGGACCAGCCUCUCAUUGCAGACGCGGCCGAGACACCUGCGGUAGCCUAUGGAGAGGAGCAGGCUCGCGAGGAGGAAGAGGUGGUGGCAACGAGCAAACCGGUGGUGCCGAAAAUAGAGGUCCCGGAUUACUCGGAUUUCCGGUUGGUCGGCGGUCGCAAUUUUUCCGGAUUUAGGGAGGGGAGACUGGAAGUGCGCCUUGCCGGAAGUAAUACUUGGGGCGUGGUUUGUGGCGAUAAAUUUAACCUUCGCGCAGCCAUAGUGGUGUGCAGACAUUUCAACGCUGGACAUGCGCGCACAGUGCACAAGGCUGACCAAUACGGUGGCUCAAACAUGGACAAGGUGGUGGCAGAAAUGGUCUGCACUGGACGUGAAGAGCGACUCGAGGAUUGCCGCAUGACGCCAUCAGAGCUGACCCCCGGCAAAGAGGCGUGCUCACGUCCGCAAAGCGUCGCCGGCGUCAUCUGUGAAACACGCCUGCCCGACCUUGUGCCGGAACUGAAGGUGAUCCAGGAGAGCGCCUUCCUGCAGGACCGCUACCUGUACUACCUACAGUGCGCCUACGAAGAGAAGUGUCUCUCCUCCAGCGCCAAUGAACUGUACGGCACGCCAAGCUGGGCAUACGCUAGGCGCCGCCUUUUACACUUCUCCACAAUCGCCAAGAACAUCGGCACGGCGGACUUCCGACCGGAUGUGGACCGCUCGCGCUGGGAGUGGCACGCCUGUCACCAGCACUACCACAGCAUGGAAGCGUUCUCCCACUACGACAUCGUGGACCAACACGGUAACAAGGUGGCGGAGGGACACAAGGCGAGCUUUUGUCUCGAGGAUUCUUCCUGUGACCGGGGCGUCCACCCGAAAUACGAAUGUCGGGGAUUCGGACACCAGGGAAUAUCUGUUGGAUGUCAAGACAGUUAUCUCGCGGACAUCGACUGUCAGUGGAUUGACGUCACUGACGUCAAGCCGGGAAUGUACACGUUGAAGAUCGAGUUGAAUCCUAACAUGAAAGUUCCAGAAAUAUCCUUCGACAAUAACGUGGCGAGAUGCAACUUAUACUUCAACACCUAUCAAGCGCGCGUGUAUAAUUGCACAUUAGACUCUUUGUUAUAGUGAUAGCUGAUUUUGACUGAGCGUGUGAUAUGUGUCAUAGGUGUAUAUUAACUGUGAUUGAUUUUGCAUGUCGUAAAGAGCGUGCGGAACUUUUUCCAUGAUGCAUUUUGUUGCGCAAAGAAAGUGGUUUGGUCACGUGAUACUUUCGCCAAGAUGGCGGUAGUUAAUCAUACCUCAUUUGGGCACAAUCUUUAAAUUCUGGUGAUAGUAGUUGUGAAUAAAUACAGCAGUGUUUAUCAUGCAAGUACAGAGAAUCCACUAUAACAAGCACACGUAUACAUACAAUGAGUGUCGUUUAUCAAUAUAGAGGCUACAUUUGAUUUAUAUUUUUUUAUUGAUAUGCAUUCAUUUUGAAAGCGGAAGUUAAGAAAGUCUUUUGAAUGAAAACUGAAAAUGAUGUGGUGUUUUUUGGACCACAAAUACUCCAGUGCUCUUGUUGCUGGAACAGAUCGUAUAAACAUAUUAACUUUCAUUAAGAGGUUUCACACUGUCAAUUCAAACUGCGGCGCAUUAAUAGGGAACAACAUUUGAGCCGCGCUCUGGGCAAACCGGGUUCAAUGAAUGUGCGUCAAGUGUAGCCCCAGAAAACCGUUAGCCUACGCAGUCCGCACAGGCUUAUCAGACAAGAAACUUUUCCUGUUAACUUAUUUUUUUAAUGAAAGGAAGUGUCUUCUUUAAGAAAAUCCAGUCUUGGUGGAAAGUAUCGUCCCAGAUAAGCCUGUGUGGACUGCACGCUAAUCUUGGAUGAUACUUAGCUAUCAUGCAUGGAUCCCUGCUUUCACUGAGACCGGCUUUUUGUGUGUACUUUGGCAAAACACACCGACGUAUCAUAUCAACAAACUGGACAUCAAGUUACCUUGAGCGAGUACUGAGUGUGUGGAUUACUAACUGCUAUGCAGUACUUAUUCAGCUAUGUCAGUAUUAGUAAAAAGUAGCACCAUUAUGUCCCAACGAAUUUGGCCAGUUUUACUAACUCAAUAUAGUUGUUGUUUUACUAACGAUAAAUUAUAUUGUUUUGUUUAUUUAGAAAUUUCUGUAAAUCAAUAUACAUGUGUUUUCCGAAUUAAUAAUAAAUAACCAUAACAUUUAUUUUUUGUACUUUGGAAUAAGAAAACAUUCUGUGGACAAUCCCAUUCAUAAGAAUAUUUAUUUAUUUGCCAGCUGAACCAAAUAUAAAACAAUUACUGUUAGUCUAUUAAUCAAACAUACAUUGAACAUCGCUUUUAUGCACAUCUACAGAUAUUGAGUGUUCUUGUUAUAAUUGUAAAAAUUGUAAAUACAAAUAUGAUGCUCUAAGCAAUCUGGGAUUCAAUCAACCCGAUUGUAAUAUAAUGAGCAUGUUUCGAAAAUGACUAAUAUUUAUAAUUGUAUUUUAUAAUACUAAAACAAUAAAUUAAAUGUUUAGAACGUA